AUGUCCUUCACAGAUGAGGACCUAUUACUUGGGACUACGGUACACAACAGACCACUAUAUGUGACAAGAUUUUGUGAUGGAGUAAAGAUUAACCGGGUUUUGGUUGAUCCAUGGUCUUCUUUGAAUUUAAUGACCCUCAACACUCUUCGAACAUUGGCUCUUGAAGUAUGCCACUUAUCUUCGGAGAAGAUCAUCAUCCAGGGUUUCAAUCAGCACAGCCAAAAGGCAUUGGGAUCGAUCACUCUCCCCCUCAAAUUUGGAAAAAUAUCAUCUAAUGUAAAAUUCCAUGUAAUUGACGCUGAUGCGUCCUAUAAAGCCCUCUUAGGAAGGCCAUGGAUUCAUGAAAACCAGCUGGUUCCUUCAACACUGUAUCAAUGCGCAAAGUACGUGGUGGAUGGGGAAGAGUUUAAAAUUGAUGAAGAGAUCCAACCCUUUGGCAUCCAUGAAAUACACUAUGAGGAUGCGAGGUAUUACCUUAACGCAUCCAAGUCAACCAAAGGGGUCAAAUUGCCGUGCCCAGAAGAAGUGUCUUUGAUCAAGACAGCCAAAACUACUCCUGUGCUCCAGAAAAGAGAACCAAUGCCACCUCACUUUGGUAGUGACACUGAGUCAUCAAAAGAUGAGAGCGAUGCGGAUAUACACCAAAGUAAGGGUCAAGUUGAAAGAUCUACUGAAGAAAAUGCAUUGUAUAUUACGAGGAUUCCUGAUGGGCUAUACAAAUCCCUGUAUGACUUGAAAUGGUUAGAUGAUGAGGUAGCUGUACACAAAUUGGUCAUUGAUCCUAAUGCUACUUCAGUCAAACAAGCACCGAGGAAGAUGAAGUUUGACUUAGAAGAAAGGAAGAAUGGGCAAAUAAGGAUAUGUGUAGAUUUUAGAGUCUUGAGCAAGGCAUGUCCCAAGGAUGAUUUUCCCCUCCCAGUUAUGGAGAUCAUGAUCGAUAACACCUCAGGGUAUGAGAUGUUCUUCUUUAUGGAUGGGUAUUCUGGAUACAAUCAAAUCAAAAUGCAUCCAGAUGAUCAGAAGAAUACUGCUUUCCGAACGACCAUGGGCAUCUAUUGUUAUAGAGGGACUAAAGAAUGCGGGAGCAACAUAUUAAAGGGCUAUGGCCAAAAUAUUUGA